AUUCUUGUUGCGUUCUCAGACCACAUUUCUCAAAAGUUUGUUUUAAAGUGUGGGAACUUUGCUGUUCUGGUGGAUGUUCGUAUUUUGCCUCAAGGCUCCAGUAAAGACACCAGCUGGUUUUCAGAUCAUGAGAAAGAGGAGGUCUGCAUGCUGCUAGAAGAAGUUGUUGCUUCAAGGGUCAAACAGUACUUGGAAGCACCUAAACAACGUGGUCAAGGGAAAUCAAUGGAAUAUGCACCAUCUGGCCCUUUGUUUCUUACUGCCAACACUUUUCACAUUACUGCCUACUUUAUGAAGAGAUGGAUUAAUCUCCGUUGUGCUAUAGGGAAACGUUAUCGUGAGCUACGUGUGUUUCCGGACAGAUGUAUAGUUUGUGUCAGUAAACUUGAAUCUAGUCAAAGUGCUUGGACAUGUGAAAAUGGUGUAUUGAAAGAAGAACUUUGCAAUGGAACGUCUGAAUAUUUUACUGAAUCUGCUGAGAACAAGAAGCUUAAGCUUAGUUUGAAUGAACAAAUAAAGCAAGACAUCUUGAAAGAAAUCGUGAAGAGGACAAAACCAAGGAAAAGCAGCACAAGCAAACCUCAAAUCAGCAAGGACUCCAAGAAAGUGUGUCUUGGCACGGUGGACUCGCAGACAGGGAACAUAAAGAAUGACUGUCAAACUUCUCUCAGUCGUCAAUCUGAAGUGAAAUGUGGGCGUACGGGACCGCUAAAGGACUGCGUAAAUACAGCUGAGUGCAACUUGGAGCUUCCUGGUUUAGAGCUGGAGAGUUAUGCUAAUCAGAGGCAGCCUGAUGGUGUUAGCAGCCAGCAAAAACCUCCCUCUGUGGAGUGGUUGAAGUCGAGUCUUCUAAGCGAGAACCCUCCUUGGAGCUCCGAGUCAGCACUGCUAGGUCCAAAACAAAGUCAGAAAGUAACCAAAAGACGGGCGCAAGGAAAGAGCUGUGGUUCAGAAGAAAAGUUUGGGCAUUUCAGAAAAGUAUCCUCUGAAGGGACUUCUUUCAUUCCUGGCAAUGCAGAAAUAAGUAAGUGCAGUGGUGAUUGUUUAGGUCCAUUCCUGGAGGAGAAGAUACCACUUAAUUCCAGGCUGUUUUCUAAACAAGACAUGAAGAAGACUGCGUCUGAUGAGUCGUCAAUAACUGUGAGAAAAAACCUCUCCCAGCCUCUUUCUGUGAGGAACAAUAUAGCGCAGACAAGGCAAAAUGAGCCAAGCACAACCACUGAAGAAUUGCCCGUGAUGCCAUCAUCUUGUUUAGAACUGCAGCCUGUGUCUUCAGAGCAGCUUAUCCCAAAAAGAAAAAAAGAAGUGGAAAACGGUCUCAGGAAGUUAAAACUGAGAAGGCUUAAGAAGUCAUAA